CUAACCCUGGGCAAAAUGCCCCGCACGUCCUCGACUGGUAAAGUCAGACGGCGAUAUAUAAACCUAGGAUAUGCUGCAGGCUGAGCGCCAGAUUAUCUGACGACAAUGCCUCCCCAAAUCAUUUGCACUUCCCAGCAAUCUCGGUAAGUCCCUCCUGCUCUGCUCUGCGCAUGCCCGGCUAGCCCGAUCCCACAGGUUCCAUACCGAUACCCUCGCGACGUCGAAUGAAAUUGACCUCAAGAGCGUCAACAUAUCCAUUGGGAAGACUGAUCUGCUUGUCGACUGUCACCUGCGGCUCAAGGCUGGUGUACGAUACGGCCUCCUUGGGAGGAACGGCUCGGGCAAGAGCACGCUUUUCACUGCGCUGAGGGAUGAUCUUAUCCCUGGACUGCCGAGCAACGUCAAGAUUACACUCGUCAGCCAAACGCUUGCGGAUAGUUUUGGAGAAGCUGGGGAGGAGGGGUCAAAGCAGGAUGACACGACGGUGCUCGAUAGGGUUAUCACGAUGGAUCGAGUGAGAACAAGGACGCUCAAGCAGUUUGAAGAACUUUCGGCCGCAGUCGAAUCCCACUCUUCCUCUCAGAUCCAACGCGCUGUCUCAGCUUUCGAACUCUUCAAGAUCAGGGAGGACUACGAGAACAAGAAGAAGAUUGCGAUGCGCCGCUCUGGUGCGCGAGGGAAGGCAGCACGAUUGGAAGAGGACAAGGCAGAGCUGCGAUUGAAAGAGGCCGAGGAAUCGUUCGCGAACAUGUCCCUCAACGUUGUUGUCGACCCACUCACCCAAGCGCUAUCGCACAUUGCCGACCUCCAGCAGAUUCUCGAGUCUGUCGACUACCAGACUACGACCUCCCGUGCUGGAUCUAUCCUUGCUGGGUUGGCGUUCACCCCCGAGAUGAUCGCGGGGCCGUACAAGGACCUGUCAGGAGGCUGGAGGAGCAGGGCCGCACUUGCGGGAGCACUGUUGCUCCAGAGCGACGUUCUGCUACUCGAUGAACCGAAUAACUUUUUGGACUUGCCGACGACGAUGUGGCUGGAGAUGUUCCUCACCGAACAGGUUGACGGACGCACUGUCGUGAUGACGAGUCAUGACCAGGAGUUCUUGAACCGCGUCGUGGAGGAAACGAUCUACAUUCGCGGGCAAAAGCUGCGAUAUUUCGAAGGCACUCCCCUCCAGCUCGAGAUCUUCGAGCGCAAAGACCUGAAGCACAAGCAAAAGCAGCAAGCCGCGCUGGACAAGAAACGCGCGCACGUCGAGUCUUCUAUCCAAAAAGGGCGUUCAAGCGCCAAGAAAACAGGGGACGACAACCGAGCGCGCAUGGCCGCCCAGCGCCAGCGGAAGCUAGACGAGCGCUGGGGGUUGGAGGUGAACGCUAAAGGACACAGGUUUAAGCUUAAUCGGGAUUUGGUGGGGUAUGCGCUUACGAGCCGUGCGGGUGUGCAAUUCGAAGAGCAGGAACAGGUCGUGAGGCUCUGCUUGCCCGAGGCGCCCCAGUUGCGCACUACGGGGGAUCUGGUAACGUUCGAUAAGGUGUCGUUCAGGUAUCCUAAGGCUAAGAAGCCGCUGCUGGAGGAUGUGACCUUCUCACUGGCCCAAGGUGGGAGGAUGGCAUUCAUCGGAGCUAACGGACACGGGAAAUCCACACUUGCGAACCUUAUCGUCGGAGCUCUCAAGCCUUCAUCGGGGAAGAUAACGACCCAUCCGCAGCUCAAGAUCGGCCAUUACGGGCAACACAGUGUCGAGUCCCUAACGCUCGGGACGCAAGGCACGCGCAAGACAGCGGUGCAGUAUUUCCUGGACUACUUUGAGAAGCUUGGGGAGAAGGUGGAGGAGGGUGAGGCGAGGGCGUGUUUGGGCACUCUGGGGCUGGGAGGGAGGGCGAUGGGCGAGACGCCUGUUGAGGGGUUGAGCGGGGGCCAGAAAGUCCGGUUAGCAUUCAGCUUGAUCGUCUUCCGUCCUCCGCCUCUUCUGUUGUUGGACGAGAUAACUACCCACUUGGAUCUGGGGACGAUCAGAGCGCUCGCACGAGCCUUGCGCAAGUUCACGGGCUCGAUCAUCCUGAUCACACACGAUCGUUGGUUCUGCAAGGUAGUUAUCGAGUUGGCACCUUUCCGAGGGCGGGCGGGCGCUGGUUCAGAUGAGGAUGAGGAUGAGGAGGAUGAGGAUGAGGAUGAGGACGAGGAAGGGGAAGGGGAAGCGGAGGUAGGGGGGAAGAAGGGAAAGGUAUACAGGGUUUGGAAUGGCCGGGUCGGGUUACUGGAGGGAGGGAUGGAGGAGUAUGUCACUAAGGUUGAGAGGGGGAUGACGAGGCGGAUGAGGCUUGCUCAGGGGAAGUAACUCGCAACUCGCCGUCGCCGUCCAUGAUUGGCAUUGGGAGUAGUGGAGUUGUAGUGUUCGAUACAGCUUUGCCCGCACUACUCACUCCUUACUCCUCACUACUCUACAGUAUCAGUACCAGUAUCAGUAUCAAUAUCAAUAUCAAUAUCACUAU